CCACAAGGCAGGCUCUCAGAAGGCAGAGCUUCAGCAUGCCCAGCCCAGCACUGCUGUGUUGCCUGGUCCUCCUGGCCGGGGUAGGAGCCAGCCGACACCAGAGCGCCCUGUCUGAGGACAACUGCACCCACUUCCCAGCCAGCCUGCCCCACAUGCUCCGAGAGCUCCGAGCUGCCUUCGGCAGGGUGAAGACUUUUUUUCAAAUGAAGGACAAGCUGGACAACAUGUUGUUGACUGGGUCGUUGCUGGAGGACUUUAAGGGUUACCUGGGUUGCCAAGCCUUGUCGGAGAUGAUCCAGUUCUACCUGGAGGAGGUGAUGCCCCAGGCUGAGAACCACGACCCAAACAUCAAGGAACAUGUGAACUCCCUGGGGGAAAAGCUGAAGACCCUCAGGCUGAGGCUGCGGCGUUGUCAUCGCUUUCUGCCCUGUGAGAAUAAGAGCAAGGCGGUGGAGCAGGUGAAGAGUGCCUUUAGUAAGCUCCAAGAGAGAGGUGUCUACAAAGCCAUGAGUGAGUUUGACAUCUUCAUCAACUACAUAGAAACCUACAUGACAAUGAAGAUGAAAAUCUGAAACAGGCUGGGGAACAAAACAUCCAGGAUGGCAACUCUUCUCAACUCUAGGACAUAAAUUGUAGAUCUGCAAAAUCCCAUCCAGGGAUGGAGGAGAGCUGAACAACUCCGUGGAGAACCCUGCCGUACCUCUCUCUUAGAAUAUUUAUUACCUCUGAUACCUCAACUCCUAUUUGUAUUUAUUUACUGAGCUUCUCUGUGAACUAUUUAGAAAGAAGCCCAAUAUUAUAAUCUUUUUCAGUAUUUAUUUUUUUUCACCUGUGUGUAAGCUGUUUUCAUAGGGUGAUACCCUGUGGUAUUUGAGUAUUUUAAAUUGUAAGUUAUAUAAGGAAAAAAAUGUUUCUUGGCGGGGAGUACUGAAGCUUCCAUUCUAAGCCUGACCAUACUGGAUAGCUGUUGAGCUAUUUCCCUGACCUCCCUAUAAUUUCUCUUGUCCCUGGGCCUGGGGCUCCUAGAGUGUUAAAAAGACUCUUACCCUCUUAGGAAGAGAAACUAGGGAGCCCCUUUGAUACUUAGUAUUCCAGUGGCUCAGAGGAAUUCCCUUGACCUCAUUCCCCAACCACUUCAUUCUUGAAAGCUGUGGCCUGCUUGUUAUU